AUGAAGCAGGAUUGCUGGAACGUUCGACUCUUUAUGCAGGUUGCCAGGUCGACUGGUGCCACGAUGUCCGAAGACAUGGACGAGGACUUCCAGGGCACAGACCGCCCCAUUCGCGGUUUUGAACAGGCGGACGGUGAGGACGGGUUCGACGAUAGGGACUGGGUUGAAAAAGAACUGCACGAAGCUGAGGAAGCUGCAUUCGCAGCAGUCUUGGCUCAGAUAGAACACAAGCCGCACUUUCUGCCAGUGAUCGAAACCUGCAAGAUGGAUGGUUGCCGUCUUGAAUGGAGCCGGUGUUUGGAUGGCGGUCCUGGCGCCUGGUCGCUGAUUGGCUUGAGUGGCGCUGCGCUUGCCACAGAGACAGCCCCUGGAUGGUAUAUGCCUGCCUUUUGCGUCAGAGGCAUGAAUAGGCUGGAAUGCCGAUUUACCCAAUGGCAUCCAGAAGCACCUCAUGUUGCUGUCUUCGAAGCGGAAGAACUGCACUUUGACAAUUGGAUCAAUCUUCCAGCAGGGAAGGUCUAUGUCCGAGAAGUGCCCUCGCCUUUGGUUAUUACUUGCAGUUUGAUGCCCGUGGAUCAAAAUACCGUCGACGUCGUGUUCACCACGGUGGCCGGUGAGGAGGUGCUGCGAAUCGCCAGCGUGUCAAGCCAUUCGCUGGAGAUGGAACUGAUGGAACAGCUUCCUACAUCCGCUACCAUAGCAGCGGCAGCCCAAGGCCGUCUGCAGAGCAGGAACCAAGAAGUGUGCACGGUCUUAGAUGGGGAGCCAACCCCAUUGGACACAUUGGUCCUCUCCGAUGACUUGUGGGACAUCGUCACAGCGCAGGACACCCAGCAGCCAUGA